AUUCUCAAGGCAAACACUAGCUGCUAGGAGGCUAGCAAAUCUGCUUGAUAGUCUUAUACCUGUGAUAUAACCAUUGUUUAGCCUCUUUGCUGAGCUGUAUAUAAUUAAAAGAGAUUUUCUAGAACACUCGACUCCAGCGUAUCACCACUGGCUUCCAGUCUGUUCACCGAAUGCUCUAAAUUAGCGGCAGAAACACACAUUUUUUUUUCUUCUUUUGGACCAGCUCAGUUCUCUAGCUAGCUAACUUAGUUACGUUAACGUUUGCUGCACAGCCAUCAUGGCUGAAUUUGGGUUUAAUGAGCACCAUCAGAAUGAAAUAAUCAAUUAUAUGCGGUUUGCACGUUCAAAGAGGGUCCUGAGGCUCAAAACUAUCGAUUCAUGCUUCGAGGAGCUCAAAGAUAGCAGGUUGGUGGAGGAAACCUUCACAGUGGACGAGGUGAGGGAGAUGCUGGAUGGGCUGCAGGUGGUGGUGCGUGGGGAGGUGGAAAUAGAGCUCAUCAACACAGCCCACACCAAUGUGCUGCUGCUCAGGCAGCUCUUCUCCCAGGCUGAAAAGUUUUACCUGCGACUGCAGAGUGAUAUCUCAGAGCUGGAAAACAGGGAGCUGUUAGAGCAAGUGGCUGAAUUUGAGAAGACUGACUUUAAAAGCACCGAUAAGAUAAACAAAGAAACAAGCAAACCCAAGUUGGCGCCUUUGAAUGAAAGUGGCGUGUCUGAACUUUUCAACAAGGAGAUAGUGAGACUACAGGAGGAAAAUGACAAGCUGAAAGCAAGGCUCCGGACUUUAGAGUCACAGGCCAUGAGUGCACUAGAUGAGAAAUCGAAGGCAGAGAGAGCUCUGAAAGACCUUCAGAGGGUCCAGGGUGAACAGCAGCUGGCUGCUCAAUCCAAGGAGAUCAGCAGUCUAGAGGACACAGUGGCAGCUCUGAAGGAGGACUAUGAAAGAACUCUCAGCACCAAUGUGGCAACCCAGAAGGAUCUGCAGGAGAACCUGAUCUCUGCCAAACACGAGCUUCUGCGAGUGCAAGAGCAGCUGGCUUUGGCAGAGAAGGAACUGGAGAAGAAGUUCCAACAAACUGCGGCCUACCGCAACAUGAAGGAGAUUCUAACCAAGAAGAACGAGCAGAUCAAAGAAAUCAGGAAACGGUUGCAGAGAUAUGAGCCUAACGAGUGAGCUCCACUGUGGACAGCUGGUUUAACAGAUGUCCACGGCGUAAGGCGGGACCAAAAUUUACGACUGUAGUUUGGAUACGAAACCAUCCGAUCCUGUGCUGUAAAACAAGAGAGACAGGAAAAAAAAAAAAAAAGCUCUUCCAUGUGGAAACAUUUAUUCAUGCUUUAUCUGGCAUUUUCACUAGUAUUCGGCUUUAGUAAAGAGCGGGGAGGCUGGAAGCACUGCACACACAACUGCACACACACACGAGAUAGUGAUAGCUGUGCUUUUAUUUUUUUCUUCCUGUGUCUCAGUUUGGAGCUCACUUACGGUAGCUGGCAGACUUCCCUCGGUGCUCUAUGCAAUUACCAACAUGUCCCAGUUUGAAGAGGCCUUGUCUGUUUGCUGAAUUUGACAGAUAUGUUUUUUCUGCCUGAAGCUUUGCAGUCUUAUUAUCAGAUGAUUACAGGUUAAAAUAUUUGUCAUUCAAGCACCAGGUAAUUGAUUACUGAUAUUUUGCUGGUUAGUCUUAAUCAUAGCAGCCCUGUUUCUGUAGUGAACAUUGUAUUAUUAUUGAGUUACACGCUGUUUCAAGCAAAUCCAAGCCACAAUAAAUAAUUCUUGAUCUCUUGAGGUGCAUCUGAUUUGUUACCUAAGCAUUUAAUAGCAUUUCACACUAAAUAUAUAUAUAUAUAUAUAUAUACAGUAAAAAAAUUUUCAUUGCGUGAAAACCUGAUACAUUUAUUUUUCUGCUCUUGCGUAUUAAAUGACAUGAAUAACAAUCUAGAGUAAAUUCCUACUUCCCUACAAAGCGCAUAGAUAUUUUGUGUGGACUCUUGAACGUGUACUUUUCGUAUUACUGUGGGUGAUGGAGUGUACGAGGAAAAAAAAAUAUACAUGAUGUUCAUGAAGUAAUGCUCUUGUAGAGUAUGACACAUCUACCCUAUAUUCCACUAGAUAUGCGUUUGUUUGUAUGUGCAAAGUAUGGGGUAAUAAAGCUGGUACUAAUA